UUUGGAGGCUGAGAAGAACGAGGGGGCGGGCGCGGAGCCUGGGGCUGGCGGCAGCCCGAGGCUAUAAGAGGCACGCCGCGACGGGGAAGACGGAGCCAGACUCACUCGCUGCUGGGCUACUCCACGUCCAGCUCCUUCGGCAGCAGCGGGCUGGGUGCAGAGAAAGAGAGAGGGACGUCGAAGCGUCGGCUCACCGCCGCCUCCGCGCCAUCUCCUUUUCUUGCCCUGGCGGGGGCUGGCUAACUAGCAGGCUCCCUCCCGUCCGCGCCGCCGAGCAGCCUUCGGAAGGAGAAGACGACGGCGGGAAAAGAGGAGGAGGCGGGCCGAGGGCGAAGCAGAGGUUGAGGGCCGGCAGGGGGACGUCGGGGCGCUGGGCAGACAGGGGCUGUCCGCCCGACGGGGGCUCGGCGGCCGCCGGCAACCGCCUGCUUUGAAACUUUUGUGAGCCGCCUCCCCCCGAAAGGAGAAGUGGGGAGGGGCAGCAAGACCCUCGCCUCCGCGGGAGGGCAUGAGGCUCGUCCCCACCGCCCAGAAGUCUCCCCUUUCCCCUUGAUUCCGGCCCGGCUCUGCCCGCGCCCCCCCCCGCCAUGGGUCGGCCCCUCUGGCUUCCGCCGCCGUCCCUCGCCAAGCCCCUUCGCCGGCGGGCCGAGGAUGGCAACGGCAUCGGCCCGGACCUCUUGGCCGCCCUGCAGGCCUGGCGCAACCGGAGCUUCUUCUUCCCCGAGGGGGAGGGCUGGGACAUGGAGGAGCUGGGCGACUUCCAGAGCGGCGCUCGCUACGAAGGCGAGUCCCAGAGCCGGACGGCGAAGGCGCUGCUCGUCGUGGCGUACGCGGCCAUCAUCUGCGUCUCGCUCUUCGGAAACGUGGUGGUGUGCCACGUGGUGGUCAAGAACAAGCGGAUGCACUCGGCCACCGGCCUCUUCAUCGUCAACCUGGCCGUGGCCGAUAUCAUGAUCACCCUCCUCAACACGCCUUUCACCUUGGUGCGAUUUGUUAGUAGCACCUGGAUUUUUGGAAAGUUGAUGUGCCACAUCAGCCGGUUUGUCCAGUACUGUUCUGUCCACGUGUCUGUGCUGACUCUUGCCACUAUCGCUCUGGACCGCCAUCAGGUUAUCAUGCAUCCCUUGAAGCCCCGAAUGUCCGUUGUGAAAGGAGGAAUCUGCGUCGUCGUCAUCUGGGUGAUGGCCAGCUGCUUUUCUCUGCCGCACGCAAUCUACCAGAAGCUAAUAUGGUUUCCUUAUGGAAACAGAACAGAUCGAAUUGUGUGCCUCUCCAGUUUCCCUCCUCCGACUGAUCUUUACUGGAAGUACCUGGAUUUGGCCACCUUUGUCCUCCUGUACGUUUUGCCUUUGUCGGUGAUCUCUGUCACUUACAUGAUGGUGGCCAAGAAACUUUGGAUGAGGCCUGCCAUUGGCGAUGUGACUAUGGAGCAGUACUGCGCCCACCAGCGGAAGAAGAAGAUGACCCUGAAGAUGCUGGUGGUGGUGGUGGUGGUCUUUGCCGUCUGCUGGUUCCCAUUGAACUGCUACUUGGUCCUUAUGUCUAGCAAGGCCAUCCACAGCAACAACGCCCUGUACUUUGCUUUCCAUUGGUUUGCCAUGAGCAGCACCUGCUACAACCCUUUCAUCUACUGCUGGCUGAACGAAAGCUUCCGCUCAGAGCUCAAGUCCUUGCUGGGCGUGUGCUGGAAGAAGGAGGUCUCCAGAAGCCACGCCCUGCAGUCCAUAUCAGCUCCUUUCAGGCACGCCUGGGAUGAGAAUUGCCCUGGCACUCAAGGUACCAUCUCUCAGCAGACAAGAGGCGCAUCCCACAGGAAUUCCAUACGAACAGAUAUAUCCAUCGUUCAGCCGAUCCUAACAGGUAGCUGAAUCUCUGGAUCAGCCUUCACCAGCUUGGUGCCGCCCAGAUGUUUUGGACCACAACUCCCAUGAGCUCCUGCCAGCAUUGGUUGGGGCUUAUGGGAGCUGUAGUCCAAAACAAUUGAAAGGCACCACCAGGCUAGCAAAGGCUGCACUAGAUGAACAAACUGGCUGGGCUCCCAUAGUGUUGGGUACACAGCUAGUGAGGCGGCAUGACUCUGGGAUUGCAGCAACUCUGUAUUCAGAUGCGUGGACUAUUUAGGCAUCUGAGAAACGAGGACAUUAUGGUCACAAUGCAUGUGCUCCAGUGUUGCACAAAACAGUCAUGCCUUGAGUGUGCUGCUCUCCAGGAAUGAUGCAGCAACUUUGGUAAAAGGAAUUGUGGUCCAAAAGGCAGUUCUGGGACUGUUGUCUGUGUCAACAGAAUCUGCCAUCAGGACUGAUAUGUCAUGGUCAGUCUCAGGCUGGAAGGUCUCAAGUCAGGAGAUCUACCCAGAAUGUACUCCCUUAGUGACCAGCCUGCAAUUUGACACUGGUGCAUGUUUGAAAGCAUUCCCUGUGCUAUUCUUUGCCCUCAGGAAUGCAAGCCCACAAAAAUUGGAGCAAAGAAAGAUACGUUUCCCCCUUCCAUGUCCUGCAGAGAAAUCCACUGGUUUGGAUUCAGCCUACAAGAGGGUGAGAUGAAGAAAUAUGAGGCUCCUAAAAGCGCCCUUCCCUCCCAAACAGUGGAACUUAUGGCACACACCUUACAUUUUUCCAGAAUACCACUCCUUGAGGACUAGGAAUUUUGCCUUUCUGCACUUGAAAAAUGGAGGGUUUCCCGCCCCAUCUAGACAAUCCAGUGCUGCACUGCAAAGUUGUAUUUAAAUGGCAAGAAAGUCAAAAAACCCUUGAUGAACAGCAACUAUUUCAGUAGGACCAUGAGGGUGAACAGACUGAUGGUAGAAAUUAUGGCAGAAUCCCUAUCGUUCAGAAUGCACCAGUCCCUGAAACAACAGGUGUGUGUUUAACAGCCACCUCUGCCUUUCCCCUUAACAAGUGAUAAGUGUGAUCAUUGAUUCUGGAAGAAACUUCCUUCCCCUGCUGAACAGGGAAGGGAGGAGGAACUGUGGCUGUCGCAUACAUCUUUCUCCUAGGGGUUGCCAGCCGGGUUUUCUGGGCUCAGUAUGCUGUAUGCAGAUGGGCCCCCCCAAGUAGCUCUCAAAGGAAGACACAGAUUUGCAUAUGUUAUGUGUCAUAUGAAAAUUUGUGUCCUUUUUUUUUUUUUGCAGGCAGACUAGAGGGCCCAAAAAUAAAUCAGCAGCCACACACUUAAUCAAAUGUUUGACAGACAGCAUGUGAAUAGGGGCUCAUUUACUGUGUGUCUGAUGCUACUUGCAUCCCCUUUUAAUUCGCGUGGUUCACAUGACAUUACUGGCAAACAGAAGGUAUCAUGCAGUUUCCCACUUGUAAAUCCAUACUAACCCAAUCCUCUGAUAAUACAAAAAGGGAAGGAAAAAACAUCUUCACUCCGUAUGUCUAGGGCUUGCAGACGCUUUGCUCCGAUGCUUUUCGGUGGGUGUGUCAAUCGUUCCCCUCUCCACGCCCACUCCCUCCUCCUUUCAUUUCAUUUCCUGUAGGCUGAAGAGAAACGUCUGGUGCUUUCUCCUGUUCUGCCAGCCUUUUUUAUGUUGCUGCAAAUGGUGCCUUUAUUUACUUUCCCCCCCUAACUUGUACACAAAAGCAUAACACUGCUCAAAGAAAGAUUUGUAUUUCAGCUGUAUUGUACUAGUGAAAAUGCAAAUAUUCACACUUCCAGGUUAUUCUUUUUUAAAAUGAAACUUAGUGGUAGAACAAACUGAGCGUUCUUGGUUGCCAGGUAACCAGAGGGAGUGCAAAUGUUACAUUAGAAGGCAUGGUUUUUAGGAAACUGUGUGAUUAAUGCUUCCCCUCAAGUGUGACUAGAAAACACCGUGUUUGCAGCUGGCAUUGAGCCCUUACUGUGGACAGAAAACGGAGGUAAAAACAUCGUCUUUGGCAUGAAGUUAUGCUCCCAUGUGGAUAAGCCCUAGGUGGCACUUUUCCCAUAAUUGUAUUUCUAAACUAGAAAAGUUUUAAUCUGCCUGCCACACAGCUCUUAAAGGUGCAAGAACCCUGCUUUCCCCCAAUGCCAAUGCUAAACCAGGGCUUUGGCAGCAAUCCUGUACCCAUUUACCUGGGUGUAAGCCCCAUUAAACACAAAAGGUUGUAUUCAUUGAAGUCCUACUCAGAGUAGAUCCAUUGAAAUACAUGAACCUAAAUUAGACAUUUUUCUUACCUUCAAUGGGUCUACUCUGAGUAGAACUAGCAUUUAAUGCCACUGGAAGGGACUUAUUUCUGAAUAGACAGUGUAGACCACAGUACUGUAAGUUAACCUUCUGGUGAAUUCUUAAUGAGUCCCUGGACCUCACCUUCUGCAUAGCAGAAGACAAACUUAAGCCUCUUUGCAAAGUUUUCACAUUGGCCUUUUGUUGUUGUUGCUGUUCUGGGUGGGUGGGAUUUUUUAAUGCCCAUCCAUACUUAUUGUGUCUAGCAGUAUUUGCAGAAAAUAACCUUUAGGGAGUAUCUAAUAUCAGACAAACCCACCACAGGUAAGAUGCAUCCUGGCUGCUAGGAAAAAAGGAAGGACAAACUACAGAGACUCCAAAGACUAGAAAAUUGUUCAGAGGCAGGCAAUGUGCACUAAAGGGGAGGGGAAAACAGCUCUUCAGGACCCCAGGAAUUCCUCUGGGCUGGUGUCCAAAUAACUCGCCAGGUCCAGUUCUGACUUCACUCAUUGGCUAAAAACCCUAAGGCUGGUUCAUCUCAUGGAAAUCGCUUAGAAGGGCAUGUGUGUAUUUUGCAUAAUAACAUUCUUUCAAGUCGGGCUAGAGACUUGCGCUUUUUUUAAAAAAUGGAAAUUCAGUGUCUGGGACCCCUGCUGGCUGUGGACCCUGCACAUGCUUCUCAGUGGCCCAGCUUCUGCACAUAUAUGCGCAAGUUUGUGGAUAAAUACGGGGUUUUCUAUUUACCCUGGCACAAAUCACUUUUCUCAUGUGACAAAAUUCAUUUGGAGAACUAGCACUGUGACUCAUAACUUUUGCUGACAUACUUUCC